AAUUUAAAACAUCGAAAAAGUUCUCUGUGCGCCCAAAAACCAAGCACGAGCAUGGAUUUGGACGAACAUAACCCACUUUGAUUUCCCGAAGAAGAAGAAGAACAACAAUAUUAUGUAGGAGUAAGCAUUCUAUUCCAUGGAAUUCCCCAAUCCCUCUAAUCAAAUGGCUUCCUCUUCCAAUCCCACCGCCCCUGUUCGCGGUUCCUUCCACCGUCGAGCCCAUUCCGAGGUCCAUUUCCGGAUUCCCGACGAUCUCGAUCUCGUCUCGGACCCUUUCGAUGGGCCUUCUUCUGGAUUCGGAGAUUUGGGCUUCGACGACGAUCUCUUACGCACCUUAAUGGACAGCGAGAAGAUCGGAUCCAAAAUCGACAAUGGGUCUUCGUCUUCGUCCAAUCCUGAAGCGCCUGGUGGUGCUGCGGCGGAGAAUGUCGAAGGGGAGAAAAUCUCCCGUCUCAGGCACCGCCAUAGCAAUUCUGCUGAUGGGUCUUGCAUUAUGGAGUCUAUUGAGGCUAAGAAGGCCAUGGAUCCUGAUAAGCUUGCUGAGUUGUGGACAAUUGAUCCUAAGCGUGCCAAGAGGAUUUUGGCGAACAGACAGUCUGCUGCUCGGUCAAAAGAGAGGAAAGCUCGCUACAUAAUCGAACUUGAGAGAAAAGUUCAAAGGCUCAAGACCGAAGCAACAACUCUUUCUGCACAGCUCACGUUGUACCAGAGAGAUACGAACGAGCUUUCAACCGAAAACUCAGAGCUCAAACUUCAUUUACAAGCUAUGGAACAGCAAGCACGUUUACGCGACGCUCUAAAUGAAGCUUUGAUAAAGGAAUUCGAACGGUUCAAGAUCGCGACCGGAGAAGUAAUAACACCUACAGAUUCGUAUAACUUCGGUAUGCCUCAAGUUUCAUUUCCCCAAUCUUGCUUUUCACACCAACCACAACCUGGGCAACACAACCUGCCCCAAAUUAAUCCGUUCCAUUCGAGUCUACCGUAUCCGAACCAGUCUCUGUUUGUUGCAUCCCAUCAGCCACAUGCCUUGAUACAAAUUCUUCAACAGGAUCCUAUUAGCCGAUUGCAGGGUCUCGAUUUCGAUAUCAAUAUCGAUAGCAGAGGCACAGAAAUAAAGCCAGAAGGCUCCUCCAUAUCCGUCAGUGAAAGUAGCAGCACAUUUUAACCCAGUAAAAAGACUCAGCAGAAGAGGUUAUUUGUGAUCCUUGUACGAGUGUAUGUAUAUACAGGUAGGUGGGGCUACCAAAAUAAGUAAAUUGUCCACAUUUCAAGCCUCAUGGGGCCCCUUGUGGGUAUGCCAUUAAAGGCCACAUGGUAGGGCUGCAAUCCAACACCCCUUGAAUCUGCAUCUCAGGGAAAAGCUCAUGUGACUCUCAUUUGUGGCUGCUUCUCCUUAGGCCCAUUGUAUUAAUCACCAAUUUUCUCAGACUGUGACGGUUCUAAGAGCGAGUUUGAGAUAACUUCUGACUAACUUUCAAUGUGUUUAUUAUCUAUUCUGGAAGAUCUCAUCUUGGUCGGAGAGUGGAACGAAUCAUUCUUUGUAAGAGCGUGGAAACUUAUUAUGAGUAGACACGUUUUAAAACCGUGAGGCUAACGAACAAUAUGUAACGGGUCAA